CAUAGUUGGUUCAAAGGUAAUUUCAUCUUUUUUCCGAUAGAGAUUUGAUAAAACAAAAUUAAAGUCAUGAAAAAAAAAUUAAUAAUUAUUUGAUUGCAGUAAAUACUUAAAAAUAUGUGUUCCAAAGAAUCCAUUUGAAAGAAAUUUAAUCGGAGCUCAUUCGCAAAUGUGUAUGCAGCUAGCUUUGUUCGCCAUUUUCCUUUUGGGAAAAAGCAUUCUAAACAUUUAUGAUUAAUGGUUCUGUAAUACUUGAUGCUCCAAGUGGAAGUGGGGGAGGUAGUCCCCCGGGAAGCCCUGGUAGCAUUGGAAGUGGACCUGGGAGCCCAGGGAGUUAUGCAGGCAGUCCAGCACAUAGCGCCUCAGAGGAUGAAGAUGAUGAUUCAGAAGAAGAAGUUGGUCGUAGAAGAAAUAACAAAAGAAAGGACAGUUGGAAUGAGGAAGAGGAAGAUGAAGAAGAGAAAAGAUAUAGGAAGAAAAAGGCCAAAGUCAGUGGAUUCAUUAUAGAUGAAGCAGAGGUUGAUGAUGAGGGAGAUGAAGAUGAUGAAGGAGAUUGGGAAGAGGGAGCUGAGGACCUUAUUGACAAGAAAUCAACGUAUGAAGGCCCUAGUGCACGAGAUAUUGAAGGCAAGCGGCGACUGGAACAGAUGUGGAGUCAAAAGGAGGAUGAAAUAGAGGAAUACUACAGGAAGAAGUACGCAGAAACAUCUACUGCUGACCGCUAUGGGGAGGGGGAGAAUAUGUCAGAUGAAAUCACACAGCAAGGUCUAUUGCCAGGAGUCAAGGACCCUAACUUGUGGGUUGUGAAGUGUCGUAUGGGGGAAGAAAAAGCCACUGCUAUUGCACUUAUGAGGAAGAUGGUCGCCUACCAGUUCACAGAUGAGCCUUUAGCCAUCAAGUCAGUGGUGGCCAAGGAGGGUCUGAAAGGGUAUAUCUACAUUGAAGCAUUCAAACAGACUCACGUCAAGCAGGCCAUCAAUGGUAUAGGCAACUUGCGCAUAGGCCAAUGGAACCAACAGAUGGUUCCAGUGAAGGAGAUGACAGAUGUGAUGAGAGUGGUAAAGGACACAGUGAACCUAAAGCCAAAGGCCUGGGUUAGGCUCAAGAGGGGCAUAUACAAAGAUGAUCUUGCACAGGUCGACUAUGUGGAUCCUGUACAGAACAUUGUGUUCCUGAAGACCAUUCCCAGAAUUGACUAUACUCGGAUGAGAGGGGCCCUUAGGGGAACUGGGGAUGCUGAGAAACGUAAGAGAAAACGCAGGCCUGCCCAGAAGUUGUUUGACGUUGACUCCAUCAGAGCCAUUGGGGGUGAAGUGUCAUCUGAUGGUGACUUCCUCAUCUUUGAAGGCAACAAGUACUCACGUAAAGGCUUCCUCUACAAGAAUUUUGUCAUGUCUGCCAUUGUGGCUGAGGGGGUUAAACCAACACUAUCAGAGCUAGAAAAAUUUGAGGAUCAGCCAGACAACAUGGAGAUGGAACUGAUCCCAAGGUCUGGUGGCUCUGGAGAAGUGACCCAUAGCUUCAUCCCAGGGGACAAUGUUGAGGUGGCUGAGGGGGAGUUGAUCAACCUCCAGGGUAAAGUCAUUUCUGUCGAUGGCAACAAGAUCAUCAUGAUGCCAAAACACGAAGAUCUCAAAGAUCCACUAGAGUUCCCAGCACAUGAGUUGAAGAAGUUCUUCAAGAUGGGAGACCAUGUGAAGGUGAUAGCUGGCAGAUAUGAGGGAGACACAGGCCUCAUUGUCAGGGUGGAAGAUAGUAUGGUUGUACUAUUCUCAGAUCUUACUAUGCACGAGCUGAAGGUUCUUCCAAGAGAUUUGCAAUUGUGUGCAGAUAUGGCCACUGGUGUAGACACAUUGGGACAGUUCCAGUUUGGAGACCUUGUGCAAUUAGAUGCACAGACAGUUGGUGUGAUUGUUCGUUUGGAGAAAGAACAUUUCCAAGUGCUCAGCAUGCACAACAAAGUUAUACAUGUAAAGCAUCAAGCUGUUACUAAAAAGAAAGAAAACAGAAGUGCAGUUGCCUUGGAUACUGAAAGUAAUAACAUACAAGUGAAGGAUAUUGUCAAAGUUGUAGAUGGGCCACAUUCGGGUCGUCAAGGAGAGAUUAAACAUUUAUACAGACACUUUGCCUUCCUCCACUCUCGGCUAAUGACAGAGAAUGGUGGCAUCUUUGUGUGUAAAACCAGACAUGUAUCCCUUGCUGGAGGCUCAAAGCAAAGUUCUGGGCUUACACCUGGAGGGUUUGCCCCCAUGUCCCCACGUUUAUCCAGUCCCUCCCACCCUGGGUCUGGAGGAGCUCCAGCAGGUGGCGCUGGUGGUGCUGGCAGAGGAAGGGACAGAAGAGAUAGAGAAUUCAUUGGCCGGACUGUUCGAAUCAUCCAAGGGCCUUUUAAGGGCUAUAUUGGUAUUGUUAAAGAUGCUACUGAAUCUACAGCCCGUGUUGAACUCCAUUCAAGCUGUAAGACCAUCAAUGUUGAUAAGGCAAGACUUGCAGAUGUGGCUGGUGGUCGUAGACCUGGAAGUUCCUCCACAUAUGCUGGUCGCACACCAAUGGGUGAUGGAGGAAGGACUCCCAUGCAAGGUGGAGCCACUCCAAUGUAUGGUUCGCGCACACCCAUGUAUGGCUCACAGACACCAUUGCAUGAUGGGAGUAGGACUCCUCAUUAUGGUGGAGGCUCCACACCAGCUCAUGAUGGGUCCAGAACACCAGGUGGAGCUUGGGAUCCUACAAAUGCCAACACACCAUCCAGAAAUAGUGAGUAUGACUACAACUUUGAUGAUGCUGCUCCCUCUCCCAGUGGAUAUGGCACACCAGAAACAGAGAACCCUGCCACCCCUGGCUAUGCUGCAGUGGACACACCUAGCCCUAGUGGACCUUACACCCCUCAAACACCAAGUGCAUACUCCCCUUAUGGUCAGCCAAGUCCUUCACCAAGUGGAUACCAAGGUACCCCAAGUCCAGCUGGUUAUACAGGUACACCUAGCCCCCAGGGAUAUGCUGGAACCCCCUCACCCUCAGGACCUUAUGGACAAAGUCCCUCUCCCCUUGGCUAUGGCAGUCCCUUGACUCCAGGAGCCCCCCUCACCCCACAGACCCCAGGUGCAGGCAUGGAGCAUGGAGGUAGUGAUUGGCACACCACAGAAAUUGAGAUCAAAAUUAAGGAGACUCAUGAGGACCCAGGCCUUAUUCACCAAAUAGGUGUCAUUAGAAGUAUUUCAGGAGGCAUGUGUUCUGUGUUCAUCACUAGUGAAGACAGAGUUGUUAAUGUAGGAGCAGAACACAUUCAACCAGUUAUACCUGAGAAGGGAGACAAAGUGAAAGUUAUCCAGGGAGAAGACAGGGAGAGCACAGGGCAGUUACUCAGUAUAGACAGUCAAGAGGGUGUUGUCAAAAUGGAAAAUGGAAGCCUCAAAAUGCUUCCCUUAUCUUACUUGUGUCGAAUGCCUGCAGAGUGAGACCUCUAGUAGAUUUCAUUGUAUAUUUUUGAGUCGAUAUGGAUUGUAUAAGAAAUACAAAGAAAUAGUGAACCAGACAGUACUGCAUUAAACAAUACAUAUAUUCUGUAUAAUGUGACGCUUAAUGAAAAAAUGAAAAGCCUAGCAUUAAAUCAUGGAAUCGAGGAUGGAUGCCAUAACAUACAAUCUGAAAACAACAUGAAUUGUAUCAUACAUGGUGUCCAGAAAGCUUGGUCAGUCAUAUAUUUUUAUCAUACCAUUUGGUGCUGUUUUGUGAUUGGUUAACCAGGCAUUGGCAGACAGUGGGUCAUUCUUGGAUCAAAUGACUCAAUCCAACAGAAUAACUCCUGUGGAUUUCCAGAAGAAUUGUUGCUGCAUUUGAAGUGCAGUAUUCAUUUAAAGAUGGCAGCCCAGUUGAAAUAAAAAACACAGUUUUGAUUUGACAAUUUUAACAACCCAAGUACAUAUUUUCAGUAUCUCUAAUCUGAAACAGAAAUUCAAUCAACAUACUUUGAAACGAUUACUGUUAUGUAGUGUGAAAGCACUUAUCAUUUUUACUUUAUGUAGUUUUCCAUGUGAUUCAACAUAAUCGGUGUUUCAUGUUUAUGUUUAGUUUCAGCUUCCCAAAUCCUCCAGGAUAUUCUGAUCCACUUUACAAGAACAUUGGCAGUUCGCAUAUCAGGAUCUUAUCAUUUCUUUAUUCAUCAUUGCCAGUGCUUUAAAAGAUGUGUUUAAUGAGUAACCAAUGUAAAAGGUGUUAUCAAGAACAUGCUGUACAAAAUAAAUGACAAUAUAAAACUUUGAA